AAUUGGUCAUUUGUAAAACAAUAAGCGCGUCUGCUCGUGUGCACUAGUAUACAAACUGAUAAGCAAUUACUCGGGUAGCGUAUAUGACGAUGCGAAGCGUAACAAGUGUCAACGAUGAACUUCAUCUCGAAGAUGCUACGACGGAGUAGACGAGAAAAUGACUCCGAGUCCAUUUCCCACCAAGUUCAGUAUCAAAAGCCGGCUAUCUCGAAAUCCAAGAGCUCUAGGACCAGCAACUCCACGAGAUCGAACAAAACGACCAAAGAAAAAGCCAACUUCAACUUCAUCAAUUGUUCCGAUGUGAAGAUUGGCGACAGUGUCAAGCACAUUUAUAAUUAUAAUAAUCCAGGAAAAAUAAACAUUAAGCAAAAACACGAAUUGGACAAUAAUAAAAGGAUUAAAAAACAGGAAAUGACUGCAGAAGUACAACAGAUAAGUGAGAGCAGCUUGGAGGUGACAAAGAAUCAUAUUCUCUUUAUCAAAUCACACGUUGGCAGCAGAUGGAGAAAAGUGGCUGAGAUACUAGAGUUUUCAGAAGGUGAAAUUGAUCAGUUUGAAUACAAGUACAAGCAACGAGGAUUGGACGAAAUUGUCUAUCAAUUAUUGAUCAGCUGGAAACAAAACUUUACCUCAGAUGCAACUGUCGGAUGUAUUAUAAAAGCUUUGUGGUCAGCUCGAGAGUACGAUUGCGUAUUGAGAUUUGCUUCAGAGUUUCAGAAAUAGUUCUUUAAGUAUCUUAAAUUCAUGUAUUACAAAGAUUUUGUUUGCUUUUUUAAAAUAUAUAAA